CUACAAACUUAUUGUACACUGGUAAAUUGACUUAGGCUCAAAUGAUCUCUUGGUUGGUUGUUUUCAAGAAUUAGUUUCAGUGUUAUUGCAAUAUUUAUAAUAAAUGCAAGACUUCCUUUUUAUGCAUUUCAUUUAUGGAUUAUUUUUAGUGGUGUAAGGACUUAAUUACAAUUUUAUGAAUUAUGAUGAAUUGUGAUUUUUACAACAGUACAAUGAAAUGGUACGAAUAGAAUAUACUACCUAAUUAUCUAUGAAAAUCAGAUAUGUAUAAUUGAAGAGUAUAACAUGGCUGCGGUAAAAAACAUUGCCAUAAUUGGACGUAUUGGAACAGGGAAAAGUGCUACGGGCAAUACACUAUGUGGACGCAAAAUAUUUAAAUCAAACUUUUCUGCAAAUUCAGUAACUGAGAACUUUUUAUCACAUGAAAUACAGUGCGAAGAACACAAUACCAUUCUUCGUAUUAUAGACACUCCUGGUAUAUCUGGAAGCACAGAACACGAUAACCAUUUCUUGAUCGAAUUAAAAAAGGUCCUAAAUGAAUACGAUUCCGGUAUUCAUGCAAUAUUAGUAGUUUUAUCACUUCGGGAAAGUUUUACAAAAGCAGUUCAAGAUUCUUUUGCAUAUUUCACGAGUAUUCUUGGUGAUAGUUGGGAACAAUUCGGCAUUUUGAUUUUUACAAAUCCCGAUUCGCUUGAGGACCCGCUGAAUGCAAAGCAAUAUAUAAAGAAAAGUAAAGCUUUCUCUAAAAUAAGGAAGCUUUUUGGCAAAAAAUAUUUUGUUGUUAAUAAUACAAAACACUGUCCAAAGCAACUUUCCCAGCUAUAUUCAUUAAUAGUGCAAACAAUUGACCAAAAUGGUUCAUCUGUGUACACGGAUGCACGUCUGACAUCAGCAGAAAUGUGUCGUAAUGAACAAGGCGACAUGAAUGCAGAGAUGUUGCUAAAACGACAAUUCGAAGAUAAAUGGAAAACUGAGAGUAUGCAUAUGGAAGAACAACAUGCGACAAAUGAACAGGAUUUGAAGAGAGAGGCUAAAAAACAUUCAUCCAAUACAUGCUCACCAGUGAAGGAACAAGAAACUGACAGUGAAGACACUAUAUCAUCGAAUGAAGAACAAGAUUGUCCCCCAAUUAUAAAAUGGCUAGUAUUGGAAAGUAAUGACUCGAUUUCAACGACUAAAGGUAUAACAGACACAGAUGAUGAUAAGAUUGCACAUAACAGUCCUAAAGUAUGUUCUAUGUGCGAAGUGCUAAGUCCGAACACAUUUUGCGAGGAAUGCAAAAUCAAUUUAUGCAUAAAAUGCAUAAGUUUGCAUGAUAAAAUUUUGAAGUCCCAUAAAAAGGGAAAUAUCAGUUUAAAGAGGAAAGAAAAAGGUAUUGAAAGUAAUGUCUGUAAAUUGCCGGCGGAAUGCAGUAUAAAAACUGAGUGUGAAGAGCCAAAAUAUAUCUGUUUUCAUUGUGACUUAGUGUUGUGCAAAAACUGCUUUGGUCCACACCAGGAAAAACACGAUGAACAUAGAGUUUUAGAUGCAAGUCAAAUUCGCAUAAUUCACCGCAACCACACAGAAACUCAGAACUCUAAUUAUCCAGUACUGAUGGUGGUGUUAAAUCUUAAAAAGAAAAUAUCGAAGUGUGAUCUGUAUUUCCAUCCUUAUGUCGUGUGCACGAAAAUAAAUGAAGAAAAAUUGGACAAAUAUCAGUUGAUAAAAUUUCAUAAUAUGGAGAACAUGCAAAAUGCACAAUCUUUGAAGGUAUCAGAGAAAUGUGACAUCUUACAGGCAAAAUUGUUGCAUGUCAUUGUUAAAAUGAAGCGUGAUGUCAAAGAGAUUCUCAAGAAAAGAUUAAUAUUCUUGCAAGACGAAGACAUUUUAUGGGUCUUGUUUGAGACGUCACUACUGAAAGAGAUCAUACUAACCACUCUAUCGAAAUAUAUGAAUUGUAUUAAAGGAUGACAUAAGGCAGCUUGAUCCAUCACUUGUGUUUGAAGAUGAAGUGAUCUAAACAGAAAAUAAAGAAGACGUCUAGGACUAUAAUUACAUGUGCAAUCCUUUCAUAUAAAUGUCCAAUUUACAUUUGCAUUGUUUUUUGACACUUUUAUUAAUCAAGUAAGAUAUGUAGAUAUCUUUCCUUGUUUCAAGCCCACUUUUAAAAUUAUUUACAAUUUGGUUUAGCUUUUUUGUUUGAUUUUUAAUAUUGUUAGAUGUUUUUAGUAUCAAGUAUUUCAGCAAGGACAUGAUAAUAUUUGCAUAUGGUAUUGACAAUAUUUUUUGAUAUGCGUAAAAUAUUUUUUUAACCUUCGUAAGAGCUCAACAUCUCAACAUUGAAUAAUCAUAUUUUGUAUUUCCCCUCCCAAUAACCGGGCAUAUACUGUACUCUACUCAACUUGUCCGUCCGUCUGUUCCUUUUUUUUUUUUUAUAGUUUUGUCAUAUAAAAAUAAGAAAAUGUCGCAUUGUUGCUAAUGAGACAACUGUCCACCAGGGAGCAGUUAACAACUAUAGGUCACCGUACGGACUUCAACAAUGAGAAAAACCCAUAACAGAUAAAAGACCCCAAAAUGACAAAUAUAAAACAAUUCAAACGAGAAAGCUGACAGCCUGGAUUAGUACGUAACAAUGAAAGAAAAACAAAUGCGGUAUACAGCAACAAACGACAACCAUUGAAUUACACCCUUUAUUUUUCGGGUAAUUAAUACGGAUAGCGUUUGACAUCUUUAGCCGAACAGAUUUAUCAUUUUUACAUAUUUAAUUCAUUGUAUGCUGGUUCAUAUUCUGGACGCCAGUCUUUGCUCCUUUCUAAUAUAAUUCACAAACAAAAAACAAAUAUGAAGCUUAGAAAUGGAAAAAUAUUAAAUACUAAACUCGUUCAAAGGGUAUCUACACGUCUCAAUCUUCAAAAUCGCUUAUCUAAAAAUACUACCAUCGCUAACAUUUUUAACUAUAAAAAUCGUGGUUACCCUUCUAUCGAUAAGUGUCAUGCCAAAAAAUCACUUACAUGUCCCCGUCUUUCCACCAACAAUACGGUAAGGUCCACGUUUAAUGGUCGCACAUUUUCUUUAAAUUUUGAAACUGAUAUAACUUGAAAAACAAACAGUAUUAUUUAUUUACUCACAUGAAACAAACCGGGAUGCGGUAUUCAGUACGUAGGUGAAACUGGACGAUAUUUAUCUAAACGCACUCAAGAACAUCUGUAUCGUUUUAAAAGACCCAAUAAAUUCAAAAGUAUCAUUUAUCAACACCUUAAGAAGCACAAUCAUCCUAUUAAAUAUUUAGCAGUUCAACCUUUAGAAGUAGUAAAUAAGCAGCCUGGUGAAUCUCAUUCAAAGUUUGUACGAUCACGGAAAAUAAUUGAAUUAAAUUGGAUUAAAAAAUUACAGACAGUCUACCCUCUCGGUCUUAAUGAUAAUAUCAUGGGAAUUGGUAAUAUAUCAAGAACAGAUUCUGUUAACAUUUUGGAUAUAGUUUCUAAAACUGUUCGUAAAAACCGUUCUCAUGGUCGUAGAAAAAAUCGCAAUCAAAGAAAAUUUCGGACCAAUCAUACCAAUAUUUCGGACCUAAUUUCUAUUUCAAAAAACAACGGCAGACAUUAUCUGUUAACAAAGCUCUGUUCAUUACCGGUUAAUAAGUUAAAUAAAAUUUUAGAGGAUUGCAACACAGUUUCAUAUAGCAGUCCUAAGUAUGAAAUCGUUCAAAUUAUAAUGGCAUAUUGUUAUUCUAAACUGUUUCCCAAAAUUGAUCGCCCUGAAGAUCAUAAAAAAACAGUUUAUUAAAAUAAAGUAUGUUAAUAAAGGUUUUGAUUUUGUAAAUAUUGCCGGUAUUUUUAACGACCAUUCUGUUAAAGAGUUAAAUUCCGGGAUAUUUUGAUAAUACUGAGCUCCCUCUUAUUUGUUAUAUUUACAAGAAAUCUACCCGGAAAUUUGUGUUUAGUUAUAGCCAAUUGUGUAAAGAUGUUAAUAUCAGUGAAAAUACACCUACUUCAUGUAAUUGCAGUAAUUCCGAAUACAUUUAUGGACCCAUUUCCCAUGUUAUAACAGGAGAUCUUAACAUCGUUCAAGACCGAGAGUUAAGAUCAUUCCUCAGUAAAGGACCUAAAUAUCGUCCCCCGUCAAUUAUUAAUUGGAAUGAGUGUCGUAAUAUCAUCCACGACUCACUCCAUACUUACUGUUUGAAAUGGAUAAAACGGGAAAAAGCUGACAAAAAAUCUUUGGACUCUUUUUUUAAUUCAGUAAUGAACAUAGUUGCUAUACGUAUUCAACAUUUUAAAGAACAUUUCACUCUAAACAAUAACCACAAUAAACCUAUUUCUCGUAUCAAACAUAAACUAAAAGAACUAGCCAAGGAAUUUGUUUUUGUCCCGGCCGAUAAAGCUGCUAAUAAUAUUAUUAUUGUUUGACGUAAAUUUUACACUGAGGUUCUGAAAAAAGAAAUCACCAAUUCACCAACAUUCCAACUGACUCCAUUUUCAGAAAACGACAUCUGUAACAAACAUAAACUUUUAGCUACCGCUUUACAAGCAGAACCAAAUACAAUGAAAGUCCCAACUAUGUAUUGGCUUCCGAAGCUACACAAAACACCUUACAAAUAUAGAUUUAUUUCGUCUUCAAGCCAUUGUUCAACUACUAAAUUGUCUAUUCUUCUUACCAGUACACUUGGUACAAUCAAAAACCUGAUAAUAAAUUGUUCAAAUAAGGCCUUCGAAAAUAGUGGAAUUAAUUACUUUUGGAGUGUCAAGAACUCGUUGGAAGUACUUGAUAAAUUACAUGCAUAUAUUGGUGAUUUUGAAUCUGUUCAAAGUUUUGAUUUUUCUACCCUAUAUACCACUUGGCUCACAUUCUCAUUAAGAAAAAAUUCACACACCUAAUUAAAUGGGCAUUUAAAAAGUCAGAAUGUGAAUAUAUAUGUUCAAACUCUUUUAUGUCAUUUUUAGUAGCAAUAAACAAAAAAACUAUGUCAAUUGGA